AACACUCACCAAAAACAAUGGAUUUUGGAUACCCAAAACAUGUCUCAUCUUCUCUUCCAACUCUUAUCUCUCAUCUUUUUCCUCCUACUUUUUCCAUCUCACGCCCGCCAAAUUCCUUACAGAAUUCUUGCUCAGAACAACUCUUCACAAUCUUCAUCAUGUCUUCUCAACUUUGCAGAUGCAAAAUCCCUCUUAAAAUCAGUAGAUAUCAGUCCUUCAAACGAUGUCAAUACAAACUGUCCCAAAAUUCUGGGUGUUUUAAGGAUUGUUCUUUCUGAAUACCUUAAAUCAACUGGGUCAUUUUACCCACCUCUUAACUCGUCCGAUUCUUGCUGGAAUAAGUAUGACUCGGUUGUUGACUCGUUCAUACCGGGUUUUAAGAUCCGGUCUUCUUGUGGGUUUCAGAGUUCUUGGAUAUCUAAAGGGUGUAUGAACAUCUCAACUCAAUCCCAGUUCGAAAAGCUUGUUCAACCUGAUUUAAAAGACGUCGUUUCGAGCUGUAAUCAGUCUUUAUAUGAUAAUUCAGGGUACUGUGCUUCUUGUCUUACCAGUAUUUCUACUAUGAGACUAGCUUAUCUGACGGCAAAUAGUGAUGAAAAUGGUAAUAUUUCUGAUUGUACUAAUAUGCCAUUUAUUUAUGUUUCUGGUGUGAUUAAUCAUUAUGGACCAACUGAUCCUGGAACUGCUAAGUGUUUACUUUCAGUUGAUUUAUUUUCUGAUGAAAAUGGUAAUAAUCUGAAGAAAAGAUUGUUGAUUUCUCUUAUAUCAGUUGUGGGUUUUAUUGGGUUGUGCUUGAUUAUUGGUGGGUAUUUGUAUUAUGCAAGAUUGAAGAAGAAAAAAGAGAAAAAAGCUAAGAGAAAGAGGAUGAUGGGCAGAACCGGGUCAGGAACCGGGCCUAAUCUACAAUCAAUUAAUGGAAGUACCCAUUUGAUAAAAUAUAGUUUUGAUGAAAUCAAACAAGCUACAAAUAAGUUUCAUAGGGAUAAUUUGAUUGGUAAAGGUGGGUAUGGUAAUGUGUAUAAGGGUGUUUUGCCUAAUGGUUGUGAGAUUGCUAUUAAGAGGUUUAAGAAUUGUUCAGCUGCAGGAGAUGCUAGUUUUACUCAUGAAGUUGAGGUUAUUGCUAGUAUUAGGCAUGUUAAUCUGGUGGAAUUGAGAGGGUAUUGUGUUGCUACUACCAAUUUAGAAGGUCAUCAAAGGUUAAUUGUGUGUGAUUUGAUGCAUAAUGGGAGUUUACAUGAUCAUCUCUUUGGGGAUUUUGCUUCGGAAAAGAAGCUAAGUUGGCCAAUUCGACAGAAAAUCGCGCUAGGAAUGGCUAGAGGGUUGGCAUACUUGCAUUAUGGAGCUCAGCCCUCUGUUAUUCAUCGCGAUAUCAAAGCUAGCAAUAUACUUUUAGAUGAUGAUUUUGAAGCUAAAGUCGCGGAUUUUGGGCUAGCUAAGUUUAACCCUGAAGGGUUCACACAUUUGAGUACUAGGGUAGCUGGGACUAUGGGGUAUGUUGCUCCCGAGUAUGCCCUUUAUGGACAGUUAACCGAGAGGAGCGAUGUUUUUAGCUUCGGUGUUGUGUUGUUAGAACUAUUGAGUGGUAAGAAGGCGAUUUUAUCGGGGAAUGAUGGGCAAGGACAGCCAUUGUUGGUGACUGAUUGGGCAUGGUCAUUAGUUAGGAAAGGGCAUGUUUUGGAUGUCAUAGAAGAAGGAAUGCUGGAGUUAGGACCCGAUCAAGUAAUGGAAAAAUAUGUAUUGACAGCGGUUUUAUGUUCGCAUCCUCAGUUGUAUGCUAGGCCUACGAUGGAUCAAGUUGUGAAGAUUUUGGAGACGGAUUUGCCGGUUCCUUGUAUUCCAGAACGACCAAUUUCGUUCAUUGCAGAGCUCGAGGAUAUAGAGAGGUCUGUUAGUAGUAAUGGUUCGGGUCAAUUGUCGACUUCCGGAGGGUAUCAGACAUAUUCAAUGGGAAGUGUUGAGUUCCCUACUCAUAGUAGGGAAGACAAAGAAGAUGAUCUUGCUAGACCUUUGAGCUAAUUAAAUUUGAUAAUUUCUAUUAUUAGUUUGUUAAAAUUUUUGACCCCUUUAUAUAGUUUUUGAUUAGACAUGAUUUUUCAUGAGAAGGGAUGAAUAGGAAAGGAUUGUACAUUAAGUAUAGUGGCAAUUCUUCAUUUUGUUUAUACAUGGUUGCUCAUACUUCUACUUUGCUAUUCCUUUUUUUAUUCUUCUU